AUGGUGGUGCCGGUCCUCCUCAUCGCCGCCGUCGUCUCCCUCGCCGCGGCGCCCGCGGUUGCCGAUGAGGCCGUGCACUGCGACCCCAGCGCGUGCCAGAAGUCCUCCUUCCGCUGCGGCGGCACCGUCGACGUGCGGUACCCGUUCUUCCUCGCCAACGCCACCUACGCCGUCGUCGAAGGCGACACGGCCUACGCCAGCUCCGGGGGUAACAACUACACCGUGCUGGGCAUCGACUACGUCAACCACACCGUGACGGUCGCCGACGGCGACGUGCUCGCCAGCGGUGGCGCCGGCGCGGACUGUCCGCGGGUGGCGCACAACGUCACCGUGCCGCCGGAGACGUGGCUCAACCUGUCGGACACCGCCAACGACAACCUCGUCUUCUUCUUCGACUGCGUCUUCAGCGAGGGCAUCACCCCUCAGCCGCCGCCGGCCAUCCCGCCCAUCAACUGCAGCAGCUUUCGGAGCCCAAGUGGAGCGAAGUCUUUCGUGGUGGAGCUCCUGGCGCGCGUGCAAGGCGGCCGUCGUCGCGCCGGUGCUGAAGCGGCUCCUGAGCCCUGA